AUGGGGGCUCUUCCCGUGUAUGCUCUUCUAACAGCUACAGGAGAACCCAAGAAUCUUUCUGAGGCCCUUACUGAUCCAAACUGGAAACAUGCUAUGCAAGAUGAAUAUGAUGCUCUUGUUGCUAACAAAACCUGGCAUUUAGUGCCUCCCAGUUCAAAUAAAAAUGUAAUUGAUUGCAAAUGGGUUUAUCGCAUCAAGAAACAUGCUGAUGGCACCGUGGACAGGUACAAAUCACGUCUUGUUGCAAAAGGAUUCAAACAGAGAUAUGGUAUUGACUACGAGGAUACUUUCAGCCCCGUUGUUAAGGCUGCCACUAUCAGAAUUGUUCUUGCAAUAUCAGUUUCUCGAGGCUGGAGUUUAAGGCAGCUAGAUGUGAAGAACGCGUUUUUACAUGGUGUUCUGGAAGAGGAGGUUUACAUGAAACAACCACCAGAUUUUUAG